AAACAAGUGGAUAUCAAUCAGUCAUCAAUUUCAAAACCGUCGUCUUCGAAUUCCAACUCAAAUGAGCACAUCGUCGAACUUUGGUGGUGUCGGGAUUGUAUUUCAACUGUUUGCAAACAAUGUCAUCUACUAAAAGGGCACAGUGAGCACCGGAGCAACGAAUGGAAAGAGCAGGAAGUUUUGAGAUCCUGUGUCCAAGCACUCGAAGGUCGAUGUUCUCGACGGAGCGAAUAUGCGCAUCAACAGAAAAUGGCAGUGAAACAACUCGUCGCAAAAAUAGAAGUGAUUUUGUUGAAUGAGCUAUCUGGAUAUGUGGAACGAAGAAAUGAACCGGAUCGACGACUGAUUUCUAGAUUGAAUCGGGAACUGAUCAACAUCGAUUCAAGGGAUGAACGACCAUCAAUCUAUCAUGUCCCGUCGCCGUCAAGGCCAGCGUGGAAAACUUGGAAUCUGGAUGUGUCGGAUCCGACAAAAAUGCAAAAAGUGCUUGAUAUGACAGCGGAUAUCAUGCGUCUCCCCCGCCACUCAAUAGCCGAAUCUGAUGUUCCGGAAAUCAAAAGUUCAACAGACUGGGACGCCCGUCUCAUGAGUCUGUUCAUUUGUGAAAGUAUAGGAAUUGUGCCGGUUCAAGUUAAUGAUGCCCGUAGUGACAACAUGUCAGUAAUCGAAGACAGAAGACGUGGCUGCAGUGUCGACUCGUCAGUUUCUCGUUUCGUUCGAGAAGGACCGUAUGUGAGCUCAUUCCGAGAGAAAUCGAUACCAUUGGAAGAGGCUCCACGACUGGGAUCCGUGUCUUCUAGUAGUAUUUGUACUGUGGAUACAAGACCAUCCAAUGUAUCGUCAUUGCCCCCGUUAUCGGAUUACAACUCUCAUGCAAUUAGUAUUUUGGUGAGUGUUUGGGCAGAACUAUGGGGGAAAUAUGUUAGUUGCCUUUUAGCUACCUUUGGGGGUCUUCUUUUAACUUUUGAAUUACUGGUCAACUAUAACCUGAUUUUUUGCCCUUGUGGACAUCCGGACAUCCCGAUUCACAGAACGACUUCUUCAUUACAAAAAUCUCAGUUACAGAGUUCUUCAAUCACUCCCACACCACGCGAGGAAGACGAAACAUCGUCGUUUUGUUUCGGAAAAAGUUACCUGACACGUCCAAUUUGUGUGGAGGCAUUCAGCACUCAAUCGAAGCCAAAUAAAUUAGCAGUGACGGAUAGUUGUGGAGGGGUCUACAUUACAAAUUCUCGAGGGGAAAUCGAGCAAAAUAUACUGAUAAAAAACUCGUCGGCCAGCUCGGUUUGUGUCGAUGAGAAGAAUGAGUUGAUGUACGUUAGCGUAAUGCAAUCUAAAGGAAGAUCAAUCCACGUGUUUGAUGUUGCCUCCAAUUGUCGAAAAGUGGAAGUUAUCGCCUGUCCGCGAGAUCCAAAAAUCGAGAUGAGCAGGACGAGAUGGAUUACUGUAGGUCCGCGUGGACACCUGUUCAUGACUUCUGGAGACAAUAUUAAAAGUGCGCUUUGGACAUAUAUAAGGAGUAAAAAGGCGUGGAAACUACUGAAGGAAUCGAGGAAGUCUAGGUAUCAAUAUUUGACAGUGGCUGAGGAUCAGGCCGAUUAUAAAGCGGUGGUUCUUUUGACUUGUGAUGCAGCCAACAAUCGACUUUUACUUUUUGUUAUCGAUCAUUCGAUGAGUUUGAUAAAUGAAUACGAUUUGAGCAAAACCUACCGGCUCAAUGAGCAUAUUCAUUCACCAGCAUCUGCAAUUGUUGAUAAGCACGGGAACUUGCUAAUCCUUGACUAUGCGAGUGGAAAACUCUGGAUACUUUUAUCCGGAGUUAAAGGAGUUCGUCGGCUGAAACAAGUAACACUUCCAGACAUUGUUCGUCCACAGGAAGCACUUGGAAUUUGCUCUAGAGGAGACGUUCUCUAUCUAGCACUUUUCAAUCGUCGCGAAAUUCUCUGCACCCAAUAUCUGGAAGAAGGCGUUUUCAAAUCAGCGCUUGCCACGUCAUCACCAAUUCAACAACGAAGAAGUACGAGUCUUCCGAGAAGUUAG